UGGAGAGGGUGUCACUGACAGAGAAGAACAGAAAGGCUACAGUUACAGUGGCGAUAGUUCGAUCAAUGAAGAUAUUCUGAAGCUACAACUCUGACGUCUCUCGGAAUGACACAGCAGUUGCCAUCGCUGGGUGGAAUACAGUGUCAGCGAUUGCAUUUCUGCAGAAGUGAUCAAGAGACAGCCAGCUGACAAUCACUGCACAGAGGAGGGAAACGGGAGGAAGACAUAUUGGAAACCUGCUAGACAAGGUCAGAAAGUGCUGAAGCUCAACUUGCACUGCUGCAUCUGCAAGAAAAACGAGCUAAGCAACAGUUAUGUGGUCUGGCUGCAUUGUUUGAGCCUUCAGUGUGAAACAAACACUGCAGCUACUGGCAUAUACAAGAAGCUCCUGAAGACUGAAGCUUGUCACCGUUGGAUUGCAGUGUGCACAUAUUUGUGGCCUGCUGUCAUUUCAUUCAUGUCACAGAGUACACUCUACAGUGUGAAUGGACGCCCAGCGCUAGCAGCUAACAUCAGUGGACUUUUCUGUCUACGCAACCAUCAUCUUUAUAUUUCUGGAUCUGGACUAAACUUCCAUCAGUGAGCCAAAGGAUCCGAACAACCUUUGAAAAAUAUUGUUUGGUUUGUACAGACUGUUUUUUUUCUAAGGGGAUUCACAGCAUUCAGCCAGGGUGUUAAGUGCAUUCUAGACAGGAUUACAGCCAUGUCACAUUGAACAGCUCAUUAGUCUGAGGUGCAUAAUCUACACAACAUACUGCUGCAUUCAGAGCCAGCAGUACUCCAUCUUCAUAGAGAUAUAUUAAGGUAAGAUCCAGUCAGGAGGUUUGGCAGCAGGGCCAGAUGUUCCUCAACACGUUGUUGGUGGUCCUGACGGACCUGGCUGCCCGGUUCCUGGGUAACACCGUGUUCCGGCAGCACUUCCACCUGUGGCUGUCAGCAGUGCUCAUGUUUGGCCCUGCACUGAGCUUCUGGGUCUCCCAGCACAGCGUCUUUGCCAAGAGAACCCACUUCCUCUACAGGAUGUUCUUGCGCUCUGGUUGGGGCUGGACCUGCGUCUUUGCUGGCUCCUUUGUCUUCCUCCUCUCCUUCUCCAUCCGCCGAUCCCUGUCUCUCUCCGUCCGUCACCUCUCCCGGCUCGGGGUGGCUGGCGGGCUGUGGUUUGGUUUCUGCAAACUCCUGUACCUUCUGGAGAACACCACAGGAAGCUGCUACGAGCCUUUACUUGGCGGCCCUGAUGUUGCUAAUGGGCAGCCUAUGUUGGUGCUGCGAGAGGGAGAGAGUAAGUCUGUGUGCCUCAAAGCUGGGAUGGUGUGGAGGGGGUAUGAAGUCUCAGAAGAUGUCUUCCUCCUCUGUCUCUGCUGCUUGCUGUUGGCUGAGGAGACAGCAGUGUUUGGCCCUUAUCUGAGCCUGGGUGGGAUAUCAGAUGCCCCGCUGAGGAUCCUCUUCCUGUUCUGUGUCCUCCUGCUUGGACUCUGGAUCUUUCUGCUGCUCUGCCUCUUAGCUUACUUCCCUCAGUUCCCCACGCAGCUGCUAGGGGGCGCUCUGGGGUGUCUGAGCUGGAGGGGACUGUACCAGGGCUGGUACCGCCGGGGGCCCAGCUGGUGCUGCCCCGGGAGGCCUGGACAGGGACUGCUCAACACCAAGAACAGCAGUACUGAAGCAGAGGAUACAAAACUCAACCACGAUCACUGCAAUUAACUGGGGGAAAAAAACAACAACAAAAAUGACACAAAGACGAAUUAAAUCAACAGCUGGGGGUUGUUCGGCUCAAAAUUCUGUUCUGUCCAUUUGUUUGUCCUAACAGCGAGAAAUCUUGUGCAUGCCUUUUUUUCUAAUGUGUGCCAGUAAAGCAAAUAUAUGCUGUAGUUUUCUGUGACGUCAUAACAGGGUCAUAGUGGUUAACUGGGUAUUUUCCACAAGCCAGGAAUGGGACAGUGAUUGCCAAUAAGAUUCAGGCUGGAAAUGUUUCUGAGACUUUACUGAACCUAAAGCUCCACUUGUGUUUACAAUACAGAGAAAAAAAAGUAACUGACAUGAUUUGAUUGGUAUGUGAUUUAUUAACAGAGGAAAUAUAAAAACAUUGGUCAAUGAUUUGGUUACACAGUUUCUCUGUUCAGGUGUAUCUAUGUCACUUGUGUUCCAAACUUCAAACUUCAGUCUCAGUUAACUUCCAUUGUGUCCUGUUUUGUUAUAGCAUGUCUCAUCAAUUUUCAUCCAUUGUUGCAUUAAAAAUAACUUCCGUAGAUUGUACUAUUCCUCUGGUUACCAUAUUCUCAUUCCGUUUCUUGUGCCAGUUUAUACACUGUGUGAGUAUACAGAGGCCAACAACACUGUACAGCCAUGCAAACAGCUGUGAGGUGACAGAAGGUUGUGUGUAUUCAAGUUUACCAUCUUAAUUUAGGUUCUUAAUAAUAACAAUACAUUCAAUUUAUAUAGUGCCUUUCAGGGUACCCAAGGACACUUAACAAAGUGGAACAAACAUAUAUGAAAACAAACAUUCGUAGCAGACUUACACAUUGGCACUAACAAAAACUACAGCUGCAGAUAGUGACGUUCAUUUCCUUUAUACUAAUACUUCGGAAUUUCAUUAGACUUGCAGGUAUUAGGCCAUAAUCCUCUCAGCUGUACCUUAUUGCUCAUUAGCAUUCAUGUUAACAAUGCUAACUAGAACCCUAAGAUGGUGAGCGUCGUAAACAUACUGGCACCUGCUAAAAAUCAGUAGAUUAAACUGCCUAUGUAAGAAAUGUUCUUAGUCUCUUCAGGUGGUGACAGUUGAUAGAAAAACAAUUAGGUGACAGACAGACAGAGAAUGUAACUCAGGCCAGAUGUGAACCAGGAGUGUUGCAGUUCACAAUUAGUAUCUCCAAGUCAACUGAUUUGACUUUGUAAGGCGACACGCCUAGAAAUAUGCAAAUUGUGUUUGAAGUUUCUAACAUUACAGCGCAAACAAAAGGAAAACGUUGUGUAGUAAUUUGUGUCUGACUCAUGCUGUAUUCAUAACAAAUUAACAUGUCUUAAUAAAAAUUAGCCAACAUUUAAUGACUAAGCUCCAAAAUGCUGACAGUAUCUAACAGGAGAAACACUUCACCCUUCAGCUACCUGUGAAGAAACAAGACAAAGGACCGUACUUCCUCCUAAAUUUCAAUUUAUUGAUAAAACGUCUCCAGACAGAAAAUAUUUACAAAAGAUUAGCCAUCAAACAAUAGAGAAGAAAUGUUGUCUGGUCAUCUGAUACAGCAAAUCAGCUGUCAACCUCAGUAAUUACAUGCAGUUUCACAGCGCUCAGAAGGUGUUCAGAGGUUGUACCAUUCAUCACUUACAUCAUUACAAAAACAUGAAGCUUUUGUCUGGAAAGCAGGAAUCAAUUCAUUUGUGGUUGAUUGCAGCUGGGUCAACUCAGCAUCACCAUCAUCCAUGCUUUCACUUCUAAUCAGAAAAUGUUCAUUAAAUCUAUCAAAAAAAAAAAAAAAAAAAAAAA